CCUGCAUCCAAACCCCCAACACCCAUGCACGGGAAAACCACACCACCAUGAUCUGCAGGACAUGUAUACAAAGGGCCACGGCCCUAGGCCGUCGCUCAAUCCUACCAAAAGCACCCAUACGAAGAGCUUUCUCCACCACAUUAGCACCCAGACAGGCUGCGCCCGCAGACGCAACAGUGGCCGACGCGACAGCAGCAGCAGCAGAUGAAUCGGCGGCGCGGUCUACGUGCCCGCCAGGGACAGUGCUGAACGGUCUCAACUACUUCAAGGGCAAGACGGACCCCGUUGCGCUGCGCGACGACGAGUACCCAGAGUGGCUGUGGUCGUGUCUGGACGUGCAGAAGAGGAUGGACGCCGAGGCAGACGAGGGCGCAGGCGAUGAGUUCUCCAAAUCCAAGAAACAGCGUCGAAUCGCCGCCAAGCGUCAGCGGUCCCUUGAGGCGCAGGUCCUGGCCACAGGCAACCUCGAGGCGCUGGCACCCAAGAUACCGCUGCAGCAGCAGUCCAUCAACCUCCCUGGGUCGCCGGAUGGUGGUGUGGAGGGUGCGCUGGAGGCGGCGGGCUCGCGCGAGGAGUUGAGGAAAGCGAUGCGCAAGGAGAGAAAGGCCAAGAUCAAGGAGGCCAACUACCUCAAGUCUAUGUAAAGAGGUCAGUUUGUGGUCCGGGCUAUGACGGCGUGGGCUUGAAGGCAAUGCAUAUCAGCAGCCCACACAUGAUGGGCCAGAGGGUAGUUGUACAUUAUGGAUACGCGCGUGACCUUCGAUGGUCCACUAAGACGCCCUGACAUGAAGCUGCCAAAUGUAAGCAAGCUGCAUGCUCAGGUUAACACAAUUAUAUAUGAUGUUUUAACAAUGC